ACUUCCAAAAUUUCUCCCAGACAGACAUGCGCUCCUCAAUCUAUCUCCUGCCGGCACUCGCUGUUGCCUUCGCCCAUGCCAACAUUGGCGAUCCGGCCAAGCCAUCCUCCGAACUUUCCCCUCGCUGGGACAGCUCUCAAGUCGACGUGGUCUUCUGGAUCAAAGCCUUCAUCCCGAAAGACGUCGCGGACGUCACCCACCCUUGGCCCAAACAUCCGGGCGAGACCAUGCUCAGCGGUCUCUGGCAAUGGCUCGAAUGGCUCCCCAAAUCCGGCGGCUGCUUCGCCACCGACCAGCGCACCUUUGCCAGCUCCGUCACCGCCUCCGCACGCAUGCAUUCCCAAGCUUCCGUGAGCAUCAGCGCGAAGAAGUACACCUGGUCGCACAUCCACCGCUGCGGACAAACGCUCAAAGUCGACUGCGACGAUGGCAAGGUCAAGAAGCGCGGCACGGCGAGCACGAAGGACAUGAAGUUCACGCUCAAAUCAGGGUCGACGAAGAAGGUCGUGUUGAACUACGUGGGCAAGGCCAACAAUCCGCUGGUCAUCGCGCCGAACAUCGAUGUCGUGGGGACAUUGACUAUCGACCGCGUCAAGAAGUUGGUCAAAUUUGAAGGCAAGGUCGACGAGUUCCCUGCUUUUGAGGCGUAUGCUACGCUGAAUGGGUUUGGACCGUACUUGGUCGCGAAGAUUGGGCCGAAGAAGGGUGGUGGACCGGAGAGUCUGAAGGGCGGUGCCAAUCGGAAGUUUGCUGGGACGAUUUACAUUUGA